GUAUGCCACCUUCAGCUCGGGCGUCCACAUGCGAGUGCUGAAGGGGCUUGUUGCCGACGAUCUCCGAUGGCGCCGCUGGGAGCGCAUGUUGGGCGUCUCCUUCAGAAUGGCAGCCACCCAUUCUUCAGAGCCUGUCUCUUGGCUGAUCAAGCAGCUCGCUCUGACACUGCAGCGUCUUCUACGAGGCAUCCCCACCGACAAGGCGUCAGAUCCCUCAUGCGCUGAAGUGGCGGCGCUGGUCGGGUUUGUCAGGCACAUGUCUACACACCUCACGAUGGAGGAGCAGUGCUGCGACGAGUUCAAGUGCAUGGAUUUGAUCCUUGCCCCAUCUACUCGUCCACCCAACAUGGUCAUGACAGCGGUGGAAGCGGUGAG